AUGCAAAAUGUGACCAGAUUGUGUCAAACAAAGAACAUUGUAACAGUGAAUGGGAAGUUUCCAGGGCCUAGAAUUAUUGCAAGAGAAGGAGAUAGACUUGUUAUUAAGGUUGUUAACAAUGUUCAACACAAUGUCACUAUUCAUUGGCAUGGAGUGAGACAACUAAGAAGUGGAUGGGCAGAUGGACCAGCUUAUAUUACACAAUGCCCAAUUCAGAGAGGGCAAAGUUAUGUGUAUAAUUUCACUAUUACUGGUCAAAGAGGAACUUUAUUUUGGCAUGCACACAUUUCAUGGCUAAGAGUAACACUCUAUGGACCUAUUGUUAUUCUUCCAAAGAAAGGUGUUGCUUAUCCUUUUCCACAACCCUUCAAAGAAGUCCCAAUUCUUUUUGGUGAAUGGUGGAAGGCAGAUACAGAGAAAAUAGUUAAUCAAGCCCUUCAAACAGGAGGACCUCCAAAUAUUUCUGAUGCUUAUACCAUCAAUGGUCUACCUGGACUUCUCCACAAUUGUUCUGCUAAAGAUACAUUCAAAUUGAAGGUGAAACCAGGGAAAACAUAUCUACUAAGAGUAGUCAAUGCUGCACUAAAUGAUGAACUUUUUUUCAGUAUAGCAAAUCAUAGCCUUACUGUUGUAGAAGUCGAUGCUGUUUAUGUGAAACCAUUCAACGCAAACAUAAUUCUUAUAACACCAGGACAAACCACAAACGUCCUCUUGAAAACCAAACAUUUUCAUCCUAAAGCCACCUUCCUCAUGUCAGCUCGGCCUUACGCGACUGGUCCUGCUUCAUUUGACAAUUCCACCACCACUGGAAUAUUAGAAUAUCAUCAACACUCUAACAAUACUAAAAAGAGUAACAAAUUUCCUCUGUUGAACUCAAAACUCCCUAUAUUCAAUGACACAACUUUUGCUACAAGUUUUGUCAAGAAAAUCAGAAGCUUAGCUAACGCGAAGUUUCCAGCUAAUGUACCUAAAAGAGUUGAUAAACAUUUUUUCUUCACUGUUGGAUUAGGAUUGAAUCCAUGUCCUAAGAAUCAAACAUGUCAAGGACCAAAUAACACUAAAUUGGCAGCUUCUGUUAACAACGUAUCGUUUGUUCAGCCAAAUGUAGCUUUGCUUCAAUCACACUAUUUUAACCAAUCUAAAGGAGUUUACACAACAGAUUUUCCAGUCAAUCCGCCGUUUAAAUUCAAUUACACAGGAAAUCCACCAAACAAUAGUUUUGUUACCUCAGGCACAAAAGUUGUGAUGCUGCCUUUUAAUACUAGUGUGGAAUUAGUUAUGCAAGAUACAAGUAUUAUAAGCGCCGAAAGUCAUCCACUUCACCUUCAUGGUUUCAAUUUCUUUGUGGUUGGACAAGGAUUUGGAAAUUAUAAUUCUAGCAAAGAUCCUGCUAAUUUCAACCUUGUUGAUCCUGCUGAAAGGAACACUGUUGGUGUUCCGUCUGGAGGUUGGGUCGCCAUUCGCUUCCUUGCAGACAAUCCAGGAGUAUGGUUCAUGCAUUGUCAUCUUGAAGUACACACAAGUUGGGGCUUGAAAAUGGUUUGGAUGGUAACUGAUGGAAAAAGUCCUAAGCAAAAGUUACUUCCUCCACCAGCUGAUCUUCCUAAAUGUUGAUAUUUCAUAUUAUACUCUCUUAACAACAUCUUUUAUCUUUUAUUUUGUUAACCUUUUUUCCCCCAUUUUAUUGAUUUUUAUUAGAGUAACCUUCAUUCUUUCAAAUUUUGUUGAUGAUACUAGGCUUGUAAUAGAAGUGUAAAGUUACAUUACACAAAAACUGAUGAAAUAACAAAGAUGGUUAGCGAAACUUGAUAUUUAUAUCUACGAUUCCUCAUUCAAGAUCGUGGCCUACCUGAUCACUACAGAGGAAAGGCUCAGUCCAGGACGUACGCGAUUAGUAUCCAAGAAAAGUAGUUCUUCUUUUUCAGUUCGACUAAAAAGGAAAUAGGUCCUUCUUUUUUAAACGAAGGAAGUUUUAUGAUAUAACAUACCAGAAGAUGUGUAUUGAAGUCUGUCCUCUGCAUUUAACUUCUCUUACCUAUAAUUGUGGUCCAUUUAAUUGAUAAUAACAUCAUAUGAUGCCAGUGAAGAAAAUGAUAUCCCCAAAAGUCAUUGUUGGGCUCAAUGAGGAAGUUUGAAUAAGGAACAGAAAGAAGAAAUUCUACAUCAUAUAGUUGACUUAAAACUUAAUUUUAAAAAAAAUUUAUAAA